AUGGGGAUGAGUACUAAGACAAGUUUAAGGCCCAAACCAUGGGGCCGUGCAAGCAGUAAAAAUAGACAUAUAGCGGGCAAGAAACCUAUAAGGAAAUAGGUAAGUCAGAUCCGUAACCCAGGGAUAAGGAUUGGCUCUGCAAGCUAUAAAGAAUGUAUAUAUAGCGGGCAAGAAACCUAGAAAUGAAGGGGCCUGUAAUACAGGACCCCAACACCCAACACUGGGAAAGAGUACAGGGAAAACAAAUCAAAAACCUGGACAUGCCAAACCAGGUGCGACCUCGAGCGGAGACCACAGGGCAAUAAGGUUGCAAAGUGAGCUAAGUAAUGCAGGAUGCACUUCCUGAUAACCGAAAAAAGGUGCAGGUAGUGGGUUGGGUACCACUGGUGAAAUCUUGUUAUCUUGACCCAGUACAGCCUCAGAGGAAGGGCCACUCCAAGGAGCCGGGUCCUCCCAGGGUUUCUCCGCUGGGCCCGACUAAUAUGUUGGUUUGUUCCACAAAUCUGUAUGCGCAUUGUUUCCUCUGUCCAAAUAUGACUGCGGGUUUAUCUUUCUGUGGACAGGACUUGAGCGCCACCCUGGCGAAAGUGAGAAAAUACAGUGUAUUUUUACAUCAACAUCAGCCUACUGGUGACGAAUUCAGUUUUUCUUAACUGGCCAUUUUUAAGAGCCAUGUAUUGCGCGCUUUAGAAGAGGCAUCGAUACAAAUCGCAUAAAGCGCUACAUAAAACGCUCGUUUCACUUCGUGUCGUGAAAAUGACAAUGACAGAGGCAAUGUGGGCAAAGGCUUGUUUUGCAAGACAUACUCGGUAGCGUUGAGGAUCAGGGCAUCACAAUUUAAAUCAUAAUUUUGUAAGCAUUCCAUUACCUAUUUUAUUACAGUUUUUUGUUGUUGUUGCAAAUUGCCAUAUUUUCCAUGCAUAGUCGUUGAGCCGCACUCGCAUGACGCCAAGCCUAUAGUAAAAGACACAACAUGUGCAGCAACAGCGAGAUUGACAAGCGAGAGCUCUCUAAAAUGUCCGACGAGGAUUUGAUGUCAUUCUCCAAAAAAGACAUCGUGGCCAGGUUGCGCCAAGAGGAGGCCAACAAGAUGACAGCCCUUAUACAGCGAGGGCGGUUAAUUAAAGAGGUUAAUAAACAACUGCAGGAGCAUUUACUCGAAAUCAGGGAACUCAAAUUAGUCAAUAAUAGGCUUCAGGAGGAGAACCAAGAACUGCGAGAACUAUGUAGUUUCCUGGAUGAUGACAGAAUGAAAAUAAAAACGCUUUCCCGAGAGUGGCAACUUUUUGGACACAACGCAGCCAAAGUGAUGCGUGAGGACGUGGGUGGACAUUUGAAGAAGUUAGCUGAUUUGGAACGAGUGCAAGAUGGAUUGGUAAAGGAGAAUUUCGAUCUCAAGGAACUGUGUGUUGUUCUGGAUGAGGGUUGUGUCAGCAGAGGUGAUUCCAGUCCUGGCGGGUCGUCCGAGUUGAGUUUACAGUAUUUUGUGGCCCGGGACUUUGGAGACGGAAGUUCCAGCGCUGGGAGCAUCGGUAGUCCAGAUCCUCUUCUAGUCUGUUCCCCCGAUGAAUGAGAUGGUACCAACAAACCUCUUCUAUCAAAUAUAAAAUAUGUUGUUAAUGUCACCUCAGGUUACAUAAAAGGGGAAUGGGUCGUUUGCUAUGUUAUAGAUUUCUAGCAAAAUAUCACAGGCCACGUUCUUAUCGUGCAUUCAAUAUGACAGGAGCUGACCAUGGUUCUGAAAUAAGCAACAUGCUGUACAUCCGACACGGGAAUGCUUUAUCUCGAACUGUUUUAUAUUGACUGAUGAUGGGAAUUUGUAUCCUUCAGUUCUCUUUUAUUAGUUUGCAUGGCACAUGUUCAAUUUUCACUUGCAGUUUUGUCAUAUUGUUCUUCACACAAAUAGUGUUUAUUUCCCUCCAUUCAAUAUCACUUUUCUCUCUGAAUAUCAAAGCAUUAUCUAUACUAUCCUUUGAGCUGGUGAGCCUUUUCUAAGUCAGUGUCUGUGCCCCUUAUAGCAUGUCAUAGUAUUUAUAAUACAAAAAAAACAAUUGUCCAAAACUUUAUUGUAAUUGUGAAAACCCUCAUGUUUUUACACUGUUUUGAUUAAAAGAUGACAAUAAUGAUCUGUAACAGCUUGUUGUUUUUUACA